AUGUCAUCGUAUUCCACUACUGAAAACUCUGCUCCCAAAUGUCAUGCAUGCGAUCAGCAACAUCUGCUAGUCAAAUGUCAAGCUUUCGAAAGGAUGUCCCUCGCCGAUAGACUGCGAACCGUGAACUCUAAGCGAUUGUGCCUGAAUUGUUUCCGCCAAGAUCAUUUCGCGCGAGAUUGUCCCUCCAAAUUCACGUGCCGAGUUUGCAGAAAAAAUCACCACACCCUCCUCCACCCUGGUCAACUUCCCAGUUACAGUAAACCCGCUGGCGAAAGUUCCCAGAUAGCUUCCCAAUCUAGACCAAUUCAGCAACAAGCAUCAAGUUGUAGGACCCAAUCAAGAGUUUCGGUACAAACGGUGUCUAAUUUGGAUGAACCGACCAUUGUUCAGUGCAGCAGCGUUCUUCGAAAUCCCCAACCAACCAUUUUUAUGUUGACAACCGUGCUUCGUAUCGUUGACGCCUAUGGAAAGGAACAUUUUGCCAGAGCCCUAUUGGACAGUGCUUCGCAACCCAACUUGAUGACGGACAGGCUAGCCCAACUCCUAAAACUAAAACGCGAGAAAGUAAACGUGCUUGUUCAUGGAAUCGGUGAGAAACCUGAUCAUGCCACUGAUUCAGUUACCACAAACAUUGUUUCUCGCAAGGGAAACUUCUCCAAAGAUGUAUCCUUCUUGGUGUUGAAGCGGAUGAUAUCAAACCUCCCUGCGGAGGAUGUACCAAUUGAUGACUGGCAGUUACCGAACGAUAUAUUCCUUGCUGAUCCCAAUUUCAACCGCUCCAGCAAGAUCGAUUUAGUGAUUGGAACCCAACACUUUUUCGACUGCUUCCCAACAACAGCUCGAAUCAAACUUUCCGAAAACCUUCCGGAAUUGGUCGACAGCGUAUUUGGCUGGAUUGUUGCUGGCGGUAGUCAUCUUUUUCCGGCGAAUCAGGAAUCUGUCUGUUGCAAAACUACCACCACUUCCCUGUCCUCAUUGGAUGAAUGUAUGGAGCGAUUCUGGAAAAUAGAGGAGCUCGGGACUCGUUCCGCAUUGUCGUUGGAAGAAAAGGCUUGUGAGGAGUUCUUUCAAUCCACCGUAACACGCACCAACGAUGGCAGGUACAUUGUUGAGCUGCCUAAGCAGCCAAACUUUGAUGCAAUGAUUGGCGAAUCCGAGGCUACCGCAAUUCGCCGUUUUGAAUUAUUAGAACGCAGAUUUGUUAAGGACUCAAAGCUGAAGGAAGAUUAUGAUCAGUUCAUGGUAGAAUACUUGUCGCUCGGUCACAUGAAACUCGUUCCCGAAAACACUGUCGCUGACUCCAUCGAAUGUUUUCUUCCCCACCAUCCUGUUAUAAAGGAAUCUAGUAGUACUACUAAAACCAGAGUAGUUUUCGACGGUUCCAGUAAAACUUCAACUUCUCCUAAAACCAAGCUCUAUGUGUGGGACCGACUGUGCAGGAUGAGCUGCUGGAUCUCGUUGUGCGGAAUCGGAAAUUUCCUGUAG